CUCUUAUACACCGUGAUUCUCUUGUACAAUACCUCCGAAAUUCUCGUCAAGAUUUCACUUCUCCUCCAAUAUCUGCGAAUCCCCGAGGCACCACGAAAGAACAGAAAGUGCUACAUAGCACUUGCAUUCAUAUCCGUCUACGAACUCUGGGAUAUUUCAUCCGCAAUCCUUACCUGUAUUCUCAUUCAAGCAUACUGGGAUACCAGCAUACCAUACACGGAAGGUGCUUCUCAAUCUUAA